UCCCCGUAGGAUGGAAUGGGUAAUCUUCGUGUAACCAAAGAGGGGAUCAGGCUAGAGGGUGUUUCGGAGUUUCUGCUCCCUCUCUACGUGAAAGAAAUAGAAUCCAGAAGGGACAAUCCUCUGAUCCUGCAGUCAGACAGGAAUGUGACGGUGAACGCGAGAAAUGACCUUGGUCAGCUAACAGGACAGCUCACCGUGGGCUCGGAGAUGGUGGAGGCCCAGUGUCAGAGGUUCGAGGUGAGGAGUCCUGACGGGGAGCGGGUGCUCUUCUCCGCUGACGAGAAGGAGAUCAGCAUCGGCACUGAGAAACUGAGGGUGACAGGGAACGAAGGCGUCGUCUUCGGACAUUCAGUGGAGACAUCCCACAUCAGAGCAGAACCUUUCCAGGAUCUCAAGCUGGAGUCUCCCACCAGGACCCUGAGUCUGGAGGCUCCCAGAGGGGUGGAGGUCAACGCCGGGGUGGGCGACUUCAAGGCCUCCUGCCGGAAAGACCUGUUGCUCCAGUCGUCAGAAGGAGAGAUCUUUUUAGAUUCCACCACAAUUCGUCUGGGAACAUUCCUCACGGGACAGCGGCGGACCCGCUGCGGGGCGCCGGGCACCACGUACCCCAAACAGACUGUGUACGAGCUGUGCGUGUCAAGCGGGAAGCUCUACCUGUCCCCGGCUGAGAAGGGCUCCACCUGCCAGACGACCAGCAACGUGUGUCUGUGGAGCUGAGAGGGGGGGGGGGCAGCGGACCGCUGAACACCAGAAAGGCCUUCCCCUCGUUAGGAUCCCAGUCCAGGAUACCAGGAGCCCAACAGACCCUGAUCCCCAUCCAUACUGUUCCCCAUCCAUACUGUUCCCCAUCCAUACUGUUCCCCAUCCAUACUGUUUCCCAUCCAUACUGUUCCCCAUCCAUCGAUAGAUCUACUUUCUUUGACAGACAUUCUUCAUUUAUUUUCUUUCUCUGUGGUGUUCACUCUCUCUUUCUGUCUCUUUCUCAUCUCCCUCUCUCUUCUGUCUC